AUGCUUGUAGACUUUCGUGGUAUAAAUUGUAUGUUGUGAUGGUAACCUUAUCAAUGUAUGUUCACCUCGCGAACAAACCAGUUGAUCGCGGUACUUUACUCGUAUUUUUCGUUGUAACGUUCGUAAUGUUCGAUUUGUAAUCUUAACUUUACCAGGAUUUUCGUGAUGACGAAUAAAUUUUGAAUAAUUUUUUUAAAAAAUAUAGUUACUCAAUUUUUUAGAAAUACAGUGAGAUAUUAAAUUACCUUCAUAGUGUGAUGAUGUUGCUGUGAUGAUUUCAUUAUUUGCUCAUUUUUAAUUUUUUUUUAAAAUCUAAUAAUUUUACUUUCUUGUUUAAAUAAGUGAACUUGUGUGAAUAAUACCUUCCUUGCUGUGUGUUUUUUUGUUGACAAUUUUAAUAUGAUGACUGAAACGAGUAUUUCUGCUCCUGGGAGGAGCCAUGGAUGGUCUAACCCAUUAACCAGACGUAAAACAAACUCGGAUGGAGAAAGUGGUGAAAGAUUGGCUCGUGUUUUAGGACUAUUGGACUUGACAUCUUUAGGAAUCGGAUCAACUCUCGGUUUGGGAGUUUAUGUUCUUGCGGGCAAAGUGGCUCUUUCUGAUGCCGGACCAGCCGUAACGAUUUCAUUUCUAAUAGCAGCCAUCGCUUCUGCCUUUGCCGGUUUGUGUUACGCGGAACUGGCGUCAAGAGUGCCCAAGGCAGGAUCUGCUUACGUAUAUUGCUACGUCACCAUUGGCGAGUUCGCUGCGUUUGUUAUAGGAUGGAAUUUAAUAUUAGAAUACGCUAUAGGGACAGCAGCAGUGGCCAAGGCGUACAGCGAUUAUGUGGAUUUUGCGAUCGGAGGUGCAAUUAAUAGCACAUUGACUAGUCUGUUUCCCAUCCAUGUUUCUUUUCUAGCACCUUUUCCUGAUUUUUUUGCGUUCAGUCUUGUGAUGUUGCUCACUGUGUUACUCGCUUGGGGUGUGAAAGAAUCGUCAAGUGUGAAUAACUUCUUCACUCUCAUCAAUAUUUUGACUGUAUUGACUGUCAUCAUCGCUGGAGCAUUUAAAGUCAACACGAGCUAUUGGUCAAUACCAAAAGAGACUUUAGAAGCUAACGGUGUCACAACCGGAGGUGAAGGUGGUUUUCUACCAUUUGGCUGGAAAGGAGUUUUCAAAGGAGCUGCGACAUGUUUCUUUGGAUACGUCGGUUUCGACGUGAUUGCUACUACAGGAGAGGAGGCGAAAAAUCCAAAACGUAAUAUUCCAUUGGCUCUCAUCAUCUCCUUGGUGAUCAUUUUCUUCGCGUAUUUUGGCGUUGCAACUGUUCUGACCAUGUUGGUUCCCUACUACAGUCAAGAUCCUCAAGCACCUUUAACUUUUGCUUUUCUUAAAGCAGAUCUACCUCUGAUAAAGAACAUCAUAUCUGUUGGAACUUUCUGCGCCUUGAGUGCCAGUUUACUCGGAGCUAUUUUCCCAUUACCGAGAAUCUUAUACGCGAUGGCAGAUGAUGGAUUACUUUUCAAAUGUUUUUCCGAUGUCAAUAAAUCGACAAAAACACCCCUCAAAGCCACACUAAUAUCGGGUAUAUUAACCGGAAUUUUCGCAGCUUUGUUCAAUUUGCAACAGUUGAUGGAUAUGAUGUCGAUAGGAACUUUGUUGGCGUACUCGAUCGUCGCUUUAUGUAUUCUCAUUCUGAGGUAUAAAGAAGAAGAAGACGUUUACAAGCCACCAAACUCGAUGUGCGAAAAUACCAGUCCAGAAUUACGAUCGUUGGUAAAAACUCUUUGGCACACUUACAAAAUUUCUUUCAACUUGAAUGGUAUUAAACGUCCUACAUCGUGUUCACAAAAAAUGACCCUAUGGUCGAUACUUUUUUUCACAAUUUUCAUCAUGUGUUUAUGCUACAUGACCGUCAACGAUGAUUACUUUUUGGACACAAGCAGUAUAUUAUUUUAUGCUUUGAUAGUUGCAUUCGCAGUUUUAUGCAUAGUAUGUUAUGUAAUUAUCAGUAGACAACCACAAAGUGAUUCGCCAGUCGCUUUCAAGGUUCCUUUGGUACCUUUGGUGCCAAUCUGCAGUAUAACCAUGAAUAUGUAUUUAAUGAUGAAUCUAGAUAUGAGCACUUGGGUUAGAUUUAUAAUCUGGUUGAUAAUAGGUUUCGUUAUUUAUAUUUUUUAUUCGAUAAAGCACAGCGUUGAAGGAAGAACGCAUAAUGCUAUACAAGGUGAAAAUCAAAUAUACUCGAACCAAACCGGCCAAAUUGCAGAUAUGACGCAGAUGUGAUUAUGUACCUACUUAAAAAUACCUAGCUAAGAUUAAAACGUGUUGUGAUUUCAUUUUUUAAAUAUGUACCUAAACUUAGGAAUGUACGUUGUAGUAUGUACAUUAGUGAUGUAUAUUGUAUGUUGAUUUUUGUAUGUUUUUGUAUUAUUUGUGUUUUUAUACGUAUACCUAUUAGCAUUAAGAAAGUCACGAUUUUUUUGAACUAGUCUACUUUUGUAAAAAAAAAAAAACAAAGAAAAAAAAUUACAAAAUACAUGUUCGUGUCCAGUAUAGAGAUUAAUACGUAUUGAUUUACCUUGCAUUUAUAUUUAGGAUAGGUCUAUAAUUUAUUUUGUUUUGUAAAAAUGUAACAACUAAUUAAAUAAUUAAAAAUGUUGAAACGAAAA